AUGGAUUUCACCCUUGAUUUUCUCAAACAGGCGCUUCCGAGGAAUACACCUUUCGUUGAUUCAAAUGAGGCUUAUAACGCGCGUUUAGUCGUUGAGCGCGUCUUGUCGGCAUUCGGCGUUGACGGAGAUUCUACCAAUCCAAUUGAGAGGCUGAUCGAUGGUCUAUCCACCUUGAAUGGUGGUGACUCGAGCAAACGCUUCAUCGUCAUUUCUGACGCUCACAGACUCAAAUCCUACGGCAACCUUCUCAUAGCACUCCAACGUCUUCCUGAAAUCAUUAACUCCCCACUCACUCUGAUCCUCACUUCAAACCAGCCUUACACAACCCUUCGUCCUACCAAUGGUCUCUCUCCUGAUCCUAUCGUCGUAAAUAUACCCUCAGUUACUCACAAAGAUAUCUUAGACUAUCUCAUUCUCAACCGUCCGGUGCAUAUUGGUGAAAAUCUUCACAACUCUUAUCUCGCUUUAUGCAAUUUCAUCAUGAGCUCAACGCUUGCACUCAACACUCAGCCCAAGGAACUGCUCAAAAUAACGCAUAAAUCAUGGCCUACUUUUAUACACCCUUGGAAAGAGCUCAGUGCGAGACCGUCAAUGAGAGACAAUGACCAUCUUACACUCACUUUCAGCAAAAUUAGUAAAGGUGUGAUACAGUCGAUCAACAGCAGUCUUCCUGAUCAUAUGGAUCUCUUGCAAGCCUCACUACCUACCGAUCUCACACGCUGUGCGCAACUCCUUCUCAUUGCAUCUUAUCUCGCCUCAUAUAACCCACCUAAGAAGGAUAUACAGAUGCUGUCUAUCAGUAGCGAUAAGCGGGCAAAAAGGUACAGGCCUAGACGACGUGACAUUGGAUUAUCUAAGCAGAACAAAAAACCUGCUCAAAAUCUCCUAGGUCCUAAGAACUUUUCAUUCGAUAGAUGGUUGCAUAUAUAUGGUUCAUUGUUGCAUUUCGUUAGUGAAUCUACUCUCACUACUUACUCACUCAAUAACCUCAAAAACGAUUCAAGAGUCUUCACCGAUAACGAGCUUGGUCAGGUAGAUGUUUUACAGAAUAUCGCUCAUCUUUCGCGUAUAAAAAUGGUUCAGCGUACAUGUCCGUCUGACAGACUCGAUGGAAUGACAUUCAAGUGCGCUAUCGGAUACCACGUCGCGUCGAAUCUGGCCAAAAGUUUCGGAGUCAAGUUGCACGAGUUUUUGUGGGAUAUAUCAUGA